AGUCACACAUGCUGCUGGCUGAAGUGGUCAGCUGCCGGUGACACCGGGAGACAAGGACGCUGGUGGUUUCUGACACAGGUGCAUGAAGUCUCUUCAGCGUGACCAGUUGAUUCUUUCUGCUCCUUGGAGGUCUCAUAUCACAGCGGCUGCAGAACCAUCCACAGCAACGUCAUGGCCAUCACCGACUUCCUGGCUCUCUCUGACAUCACCUCAGCCAUCAACGCUUGUAAAGCUAAAGAUUCUUUCAACCCCAAGAUGUUCUUCAAAGCAGUCGGUUUAUCCAAGAAGUCCCCGACAGACAUUGAGAGGGUCUUUAAGAUUCUGGACCAGGACAAAAGUGGCUAUAUAGAACAGGAUGAGCUACAGCUGUUCCUGCAAAACUUCUCCAAAGGAGCAAGGACUCUGACCGCUGCCGAGACCCGGGGCUUCCUGCUGGAGGCAGACUCGGAUGGAGACGGAAAGAUUGGUUGGGAAGAGUUCUCUGCCUUGGUCAAGUCCUCAUGAGGCCCCGGGAUGACUUGCUGAGGGGGUCGCGAUCUCAGGGUGGGCUUCCUGGUCCCACACAAGCUCCUGGUGUUUAGAGUAACAAUCAUUAAUAAAUGUGCUGGUUUCUCUGGUAAAUGUGUUGUAUUUGAAAUAAACAUUACUUCCA